AUGAGAAUCCAGGCAAUCAACCUCCAGCGGAUGUCUAUGCUGGUUCUCUGCCUUGUCCAGGUCGCUGCCCAGGAUGAGUAUCAAUGGCCAUCCUUCAGACAUCUGGAGUAUGCCACUCCUGUCUCCGCAACGGAGGGAGCGCCCACACAUGCCCGCCCCUACUCAGAGCUUUCCACUUUACUUGAACCACGAUCCACCACAACUUGGGAUGCUCCCGGUGUGACCCCGACAGAUCAAGGCGUAAAAUACGGCAACGCCGCCCUAUUUUCCCUCUGGGCCCCCAUUCCCGUCCUCUCACCACCAUUCACCACAACCGUCUCACCAACUCCGAUCCCCAGCACUGAACUCGUCAAGCCGCCGCCUCUGCCCCUCCAACCACCACCAGAAACAACUUUCAACGGGACUCUGAAGUUCCCAAAGUCCUUCCAAUGGGGAUUUGCCGGCGCAGCCCUACAAAUCGAAGGAGCCAUACAGAACGAAGGCCGCAGCCCGAGUAUCUGGGAAAAUCGCUCCAGGGGAAACUACUCCUCUUCCGGUCCCGGCGGUGGCCCGCCCGACAUCGCAGCAAUGAACUACUACCUCUACAAAGAAGACAUUGCCCGCCUUGCCGCCGUUGGAGUGCAGUCCUACAGCUUUAGCAUCUCCUGGUCCCGUAUCGUCCCCUUUGGCGUUCGAGGGUCUCCCAUCAACAAGGAGGGCAUCGACCACUACAACGAUGUAAUCGACACUGUUCUCGCUUACGGGAUGAAGCCCGUCGUGACACUACACCACUUUGAUACCCCGGCCUACUUUCAGUCAAACACCUCCUUCUUGUCCUUUGACCAUCCAGAGUUCGUCGAUGGCUUCGUGUAUUACGCGCAGACGGUGCUCGCGCACUACUCGGAUCGCGUAGGCACGUGGUACACCUUCAACGAGCCAACCAUCGAGGCGGCCAUCACCGGUGCAUGGCAGCCCAGUCGCUUCGUUCUCGAAGCUCACGCCAAAGUUGUGCGGUGGUACCGAGACGUCAUCCAGGGGGAUGCCCUCUGGAGCAUGAAGUUUGACCUUAGUGGGACCGGGUUCGCGCUGCCGUUGGACCCGGGAAACGCCUCGGAUGUCGCAGCCGCAAUCAGACGUAACGAGUUCACCAUCGGUUACUUUGCGCGGCCGUUGUUCCUGGGUGAGGAUGUGCCGCAGUCUAUGAUUGAUACCGUUGGUGACCGAAUUCCUUCGUACACGUCCGAAAAGUUGCAGUUCUUCAACGGUACUGCUGACUUUUUUGCUUUUGAUAUUUACACUGCUUCCUAUCACUCAGAACCUACAGGUGGCUUUGAAGCAUGUGCUUCUGAUUCCAAGCAUCCUCUGUAUCCAGAGUGCACCGUUACCACCACCUCGCGAGGAGGGUGGGAGGCGAACUUUCAUGGCAAUGUUGACAGGCCUGCGGUGCCAGCGGAGCAUGUGCGGUCUAUUCUCGGUUUCCUACAAGCCACGUACCCUACCAAAGGCGGCAUCACCAUUGCAGAGUUUGGUCUCCCGGCUUUCAAGGCGUCGGACAUGUCUGUACACCAUAUCCGAAGUGAUCUAGCGCAGUCCGAAUUUUACAUUCCCAUCCUGAAUGAGGUUCUAAAGGCAAUCAAUAUCGAUGGUGUUCACGUCAAGGGGCUAUACGGCUGGUCUUAUCUUGACAACUGGGAAUGGGGUCAAUAUGAUGACAAGUACGGGGUGCAAGGGUAUAACCAGACAACCCAAGAGCGUUUCUACAAACGCGCAAUCUUUGAUUACGCGGGUUUCGUGCAGGAACACAUGGCUUCUUGA